AUGGAGACCGAAGUUUUGGAAAAUUAUAGCAUUGUUAGAAACAUUGGAAAAGGAGGGUUUGCAAAUGUCUACUAUGCUAUUCAUAAGCCAUCAUCGACGCACGUCGCAAUUAAAAUGAUUUCCAAACAUCUCCCCAAUGAAGAUGAUGAAGAGCACCUUAUCAGGAUCAAAAGGGAAAUAAGUUUCUUAAAACAAGCCAAGCAUCCUUUUAUUAGUGAACUUUUUGAGGUAAUUGAAACUCCUAACAAUUUUUAUAUUGUUAUGGAGUAUGUCCGUAAUGGAACACUUCUCAACAACAUCAAUGAAAGAGGUGUGUUAAAUGAGACUGAUGCUUCCAUCGUUUUCUCCCAAUUAAUCAUGGUUAUUAAGUAUCUUCAUGAAGAAUGCCAUAUUGCCCAUAGAGACAUCAAAGCAGAGAAUAUUCUUUUUGAUAGCUCUCGCAACAUUCGAGUUAUUGAUUUCGGCCUCAGUAACACUCCAGCUUCCGAUAAUACAUUAAAAACACAAUGUGGAUCACCAGCAUAUGCUCCUCCAGAAAUGAUUCUUGGACAUUCGUAUACUUAUUCUUCUGAUAUUUGGAGCUGCGGCAUUGUACUUUUUGCUAUUGUUUGCGGUUAUCUUCCAUUUGAAGACAACAAUUUAACAAGAUUGGCCCAGAAAAUCAUAUUUAAAGAAGUUGAAAUACCCGAAAACAUUUCUCCCCAAUUGGCAGACCUAAUAAAGAAAUUGUUGACAAAGAAUCCUGACGAGCGAAUCACUAUUGAUGAUAUCAUCCGCCAUCCAUGGCUUCACGAUCAAUACCUUUACGUCGAAGAAAAGCUUGCAAAGUUUGAAUAUGAUCCAGCUUAUUUCACAGGCUCACUUUCACAGCUUGGCUAUGACUAUUUAGCCGUUAUGAAAGAUGUUGAAAACCAAGUUUCCAAUCUUGGAACAAUAUCUUACCAUAUAAUUCAUCGUGAAUAUUUUGUCAGCCAUUUCCAUUCUCUUCUUUACAGAGAGGCUUUGAUUCCGGAAAGAAAAGAAUCUUACCACAUGAAAAGCCUCGUCAAACCUUUGGUUAUCCCUGAAAGCGUCAAAGCUUCAAGAAGAAAAUCUUUGCAUACACAGAUCCAUGGACCAAUCGUUUCUCCUGUCAGGAGAAGGGUUCCUCUCAAAUUACCAUCAAUUUGA